AUGGGCACUAAAUCUCUAAGAUUUGUCUAUCUGACRUUUUGUUUUGCAGUAUUAUGUGCCAAGAACCUCGCAAAGAAAGAUUUCUUCAGACUUCCUGACCCAUUUGCAAAAAUAGUUGUUGAUGGGUCAGGUCAGUGCCAUUCAACUGACACUGUGAAGAACACAUUGGACCCCAAAUGGAACCAGCAUUAUGAUCUAUAUGUUGGGAAAACCGAUUCCAUAACCAUCAGUGUAUGGAACCAUAAAAAAAUCCACAAGAAACAGGGAGCUGGCUUCCUGGGGUGCGUCCGACUCCUCUCCAAUGCCAUCAGCAGGCUAAAAGAUACUGGAUACCAGCGUUUGGAUCUAUGCAAACUAAAUCCCACAGAUACUGAUGCUGUGCGAGGCCAAAUAGUGGUCAGUUUACAGACACGGGACAGGAUAGGCACGGGAGGCUCUGUCGUAGAUUGCCGAGGGCUUUUGGAGAAUGAAGGAACGGUUUAUGAAGACUCCGGCCCGGGCAGGCCGCUGAGCUGCUUCMUGGAGGAGCCGGCGCCGUACACGGACACUACAGGGGCUGCGGGCGGCGGGAACUGCCGCUUUGUGGAGUCGCCCAGCCAGGACCAGAGGCUCCAGGCCCAGCGGCUUCGCACGCCCGAAGUCAGAGGCCACGUGCAGACACCUCAGAACCGACCGCACGGCCACCAGUCGCCUGAGCUCCCGGAAGGCUAUGAACAAAGGACAACGGUACAGGGACAGGUUUAUUUUUUGCACACGCAGACUGGAGUUAGCACUUGGCAUGACCCCAGGAUACCACGAGACCUUAACAGUGUGAAUUGUGAUGAACUUGGACCUCUGCCUCCAGGCUGGGAAGUUAGAAGUACAGUUUCAGGAAGAAUAUAUUUUGUAGAUCAUAAUAACAGAACCACACAAUUCACAGAUCCAAGACUACAUCACAUCAUGAACCAUCAAUGCCAGCUAAAAGAGCCCAGCCAGCAGCCUCUGCCAGCUCCGAGCGAGGGGUCACUAGAAGACGGCGAGGAGCUGCCUGCACAGAGAUACGAAAGGGACUUGGUGCAAAAACUGAAGGUUCUUAGACACGAGCUCUCUCUUCAGCAGCCCCAAGCUGGUCACUGCCGCAUUGAAGUAUCCAGAGAGGAGAUAUUUGAGGAAUCCUACCGUCAGAUAAUGAAGAUGAGGCCGAAAGAUUUGAAAAAGAGGCUUAUGGUAAAAUUUCGAGGCGAGGAGGGCCUGGAUUAUGGAGGAGUAGCAAGAGAAUGGUUGUAUUUACUGUGCCAUGAAAUGUUGAAUCCCUAUUAUGGGCUCUUCCAGUACUCUACAGAUAAUAUUUACAUGCUGCAAAUCAAUCCAGACUCUUCUAUUAAUCCUGACCAUUUGUCUUAUUUCCAUUUUGUUGGUCGGAUAAUGGGUUUGGCUGUGUUCCAUGGACACUAUAUCAACGGGGGCUUCACGGUUCCCUUUUACAAACAGCUUCUGGGGAAGCCCAUUCAGCUCUCUGAUCUGGAAUCCGUUGACCCAGAGUUACACAAAAGUUUAGUUUGGAUUUUAGAGAAUGAUAUCACCCCAGUUUUGGACCAUACUUUUUGUGUGGAGCACAAUGCCUUUGGAAGGAUUUUACAGCAUGAACUCAAACCAAAUGGCAGGAAUAUUCCAGUGACAGAAGAAAACAAGAAGGAAUAUGUCAGGCUGUAUGUAAACUGGCGAUUUAUGAGAGGAAUAGAGGCACAGUUCCUGGCUCUGCAGAAGGGGUUUAAUGAACUUAUUCCUCAACAUCUCCUAAAGCCUUUUGACCAGAAGGAACUUGAGCUAAUCAUAGGCGGCCUGGAUAAGAUAGACCUGAAUGACUGGAAGUCAAACACACGUCUAAAGCACUGCAUGGCAGAUAGCAAUAUUGUAAAGUGGUUCUGGCAAGCGGUGGAAACGUUUGAUGAGGAAAGAAGGGCCAGGCUGUUGCAGUUUGUGACGGGGUCGACACGUGUUCCACUCCAAGGUUUCAAGGCUUUACAAGGCGCUGCAGGACCCAGACUGUUUACCAUCCAUUUGAUAGAUGCAAACACAGACAACCUUCCGAAAGCCCACACUUGCUUUAACCGGAUCGACAUUCCGCCUUACGAGUCGUACGAGAAGCUUUACGAGAAGCUCUUGACAGCUGUGGAAGAGACCUGUGGCUUUGCCGUGGAGUGAAAAAGCAACCAAAGGAAACAGAUGCUAGCUCAUGGACCACCAAAUCAAAAGCUAGAAGAAGCUUGCUGUGAACUUCCUGCUAAGCUGUCUGAAUCAUUGGAACUCUAGACAACUUAGAGCCGGGUUGUUUCCCUUCCGUUGUUGGUGGAUGAGGGUGGGGGUAGGGGCUUUUGUUGGUGGUUUCCAACUGUCUUUUCUCCCCUUUGUUACAAUAUCCCCUUCCCCUUUCCUCCAUCCCCCAUAAAAAGAAACGCAGCCAAGUUCAGCAUUUGGCCUUGGUUACACGGGAUAUUCUGCUAGAUUUGUAACACAUAUUGUGAUAGGGUCAGUGACCUGUGGGUUUUUGUUUUUUUUUUUUUUUAUUUUAAAUAGGAGAAUCAAAGUGUAGUUGAGAAUGAGCUUGAUUUGUGGAGGACCUGCGGCUGGUGUAGGUGGACGGGGUUGGUUUGUCUUAAAUCAAGCUUGAGCCCUCRUCGAGCCCAGCAAGUGCUGCGUGGCUGACUGGCACUAGAGUUCACAUUGCACAUUUUAAACACCCGUUUAAAAAGCAGAUUUCUAGCAGAAAAAAACCCUCCAUGUGAACAUUAAACUCAAAGGCAAAGAAAUGACGUUCUGCCUUAGCAGGAAGCUCCCAGUGAAACCUGUGGCUCACGUUAAGAAAAGUGAAGGAAUCUGGGACAGCUUAAAUGGUAUCGUGUGAUUUCUUUUUGGUUGUCCUGGUUAAACUCUAAUUGUUUUGCACAUGAAAACAGUGUUUCCUCCUGCAGAUUUGCUUUCCAUGGUCUGUUCAUAUUUAAGUACCUUGCAGACAAGCCUUUUAAGGAGGAGUCAAAGGACAAAAUCAAUCCCAAAGCUGUGAUUUCUGUGCCACUGUUUUAUCUGAGAUGCGUUUGUGUGAUUUGAAAUUCCGAGACUCACGUGGAUAAUUGCUAAAAGCAAAGUGAACAGAACGAAAUUCUGUUCUGAAGUUUUGGGUCUUAGGAAAGGUUUAUUUGGAGGAUAAUGUAAAAGGAUAACUGUAUAGUGAGUACAUUUAAAAUGUAAUGUARAGCUAUUGGAAGGACUUGUGACUUCAGUUCUGGAAGGAUCACGAUUUUUCCAGAGAGCCACAUAAGGCGACUUUUUUUUGAAUAUCUGAAACUAAUAUUAAGAGGUUUGUUCUCUAACACGUCGCUAAAAUGACUUCCCGGGGAAACAAAAGCGAAUCAAAUACCUGAAUCACUAACAAUUUCUUCCAGUUUGCACACCAUGGUAAGACAGUAUUUUAAUAAAUAACACGACUUUAGAAAGACCCAGUUAUCUAUCAAACAUGUCUAAAACUAAGCAGACUUGCUUGUAUAGGAUGUUUCUUCUUUGGCAAGCCUGAUUUUUAGAGAGUUAUUACUGAAACAUUUAACAGAUGUCAUGUUUAUGGAACAGUGCAUUGAAAUUCAGCUGUGGGUAAGAAGUUGUUCUUAGAAGACGUCGACUGGAAUACUUUCUAUUUUGUCUUUUUUUAAUUGAAUUUGAUAAUAGCUUUAAACUGUGAUAGGACAGAAAGUUAGAUACUCGUCAAGAUCCUGACAUCUUUCUCUUUUUGUUUUUCCAUUGACCAUGGUUCCUGUGAUUGGAUGUGGGGAGGGAGGAUUGCAUUGGAGGCGGAAAAUUGUACCACACUGUGAGGUUUGCACAGGGAGGCUAAAGAAGAUGCUCGUACUGCAAAACUAAAUAGGAGAGACUUAUUUCGACCCGUGUUCUGUAGGAAUCUUCUGGCACUCGGGGACCAGUUUCUGCAGUACUGGUGAUGGGGACGGAAAGGAAAUUGUGCGACUCUGCUGCAGCAAAGAGAGAAAAAGCAGCUGUCUGCAGAUGACCGACUGUGCAGCCUUGGGCUGAGGAGCCAAAUUCCCCUUGUCCCGGCUUUCCAAAACGGCUGCAAAGUCUUAAUUGUCAUAGAGUGCACCUAAUCCUUUCAGUACGCUGGAAUGUGCAAUAAACCAGUCAGAUAGGAAAAAUCCAAAAUGGAUUAUCAMCCGAAAGUGUUUUUGUUUUUCUCUUCACGCAGGCUUAUGUGGAAUUUUUGCUAAAGGAGUUUAGAAAACAAAUACUGAAACCCACCACUAACAAAAAUCCUAUCGCACAAGCUCGACAUGCAGCGCAACUGGCUCUGUAAAAAGCAAGCGAGGUGAAGGUAAAGAAAAGCGUUUGAUUCUGAGAUCUAUAGGUCAAGUAGCUUUAUGUCAAUGACCCAGUUGACAUAAGAUAGUUCCUAAUGUCUUUGCUAGGUCAGUGUUUUGUUGAAUGCACAAAAUAAGAAUAGGCAAGGAUUGUUGUUUUGAAAAGUCCGUAUGUUUUUUGCUGUAUUUAAAAGCCCUUGUCAAGGUACCUCCUCCAUGCUGACAGUAACGAGAGUAGGGCACUGUCUUUUUAAUKACUUUAGUUCUCCUUUAAAGUGCUUCACCACUUCUCCCAUCGUGUUGUCUUGCAAUUUUGUGCCACUUCAGUGCUGAUGAAGACUUUUUUUUUUUGUAUUCUGUACGUGCAUUUGAGGCAGGCCUUAAAGCUGGUUGGAUGGACGGAGAAAAUAAAGCAGCGAGGUAGUAUGGGUUUUAAGUGAUGAUUUGUUCUUCUCGCAACUGGUUUCAAGGCCAGAGAAGGAUAAAAUGCAGGCGGGUGCUCGCCAGGCUGCCCAUCCUGCGAGGGGUCGGGGCUGUUCUGCUAAGCUCAGCUCCCACGUGUCCGUUCCCAUCUGCUCUGAACUGGUCAGUCUUUCCCAAGCUUGCCCAAAGAGGAACCUGGAAAAGCCUGGGUCUCUUUUAG